AACUGACACAAUCAAUUAUAUUUAUUUUUUUUUUUUAGCAGAAUAUUUGAUUGAAGCAUUAAUUCCAACACAAGAUGUCCCUGCGUGCUUUUGGUGUGCUACUCAAGGCCCGUCAGCUGACCCGGCUGUGCCGGCAAGCGAAUCGAGCAGCGACCUUUGCAUUGAGUACGCCGUCUUUGCAUCAGCUGCCCGCGGCAGCCUUGCCGCAACGUCGAUUCGCCACAGUUGCGAAGGAAGCGCCGGCCGUGGACAAGCACGAGUUUCAAGCAGAGACACGACAACUGCUGGACAUUGUCGCACGCUCCUUGUACUCGGAUCACGAGGUGUUUGUGCGCGAGCUGAUCUCGAAUGCAAGCGAUGCCUUGGAAAAGUUUCGCUAUUCGGCCCUAAGAACAACAGCUGAAUCGGAAUUGGCGGCCAAGGAUCGGCCACUGGAGAUACGCAUCACCACAGACAAGCCACAGAUGCAGCUGAUCAUCCAGGACACGGGCAUUGGUAUGACACGCGAGGAGCUGGUCAGCAAUCUUGGUACUAUUGCGCGCAGCGGCUCCAAACAGUUUCUGGAGCAGCUCAAGCAGGACCAUCAGGCGGCACAGGCCACAUCCAAUAUAAUUGGCCAAUUCGGUGUGGGUUUCUACUCGGCAUUUAUUGUGGCCCAGCGUGUUGAGGUAUACACGCGCGCUGCCACACCCAAUGCACCUGGACUACGCUGGGCUACAGAUGGCAGUGGUACCUACACUAUCGAGGAAGUGAAGGACGUGGAACACGGCACCAAGAUUGUUCUUCAUUUAAAGACUGACUGCCGCGAAUAUGCCGACGAGGAUCGGAUACGCGCCGUUAUCAAGAAGUACAGCAACUUUGUGGGCUCACCCAUUCUGCUGAACGGCAAGCAGGCAAAUGAGAUUAAGCCCCUUUGGCUGAUGGAUCCUCAAAGCAUUAGUAAGGAGCAGCAUCAGGACUUCUAUCGCUUUAUUAGCAACAGUUUCGAUGCCCCCCGCUUCUCGCUACACUAUAACGCCGAUGUGCCACUGAGCAUACAUGCGCUGCUCUAUUUUCCGGAGGGCAAGCCCGGCCUCUUCGAGAUGUCUCGUGAUGGCAGCACCGGCGUCGCUCUUUACACGCGUAAGGUGCUGAUCCAGUCCAAAACGGAGCAUUUGCUGCCCAAGUGGCUGCGCUUUGUGAAAGGAGUUGUCGACUCGGAGGACAUACCCCUAAACUUGAGUCGGGAAUUGCUGCAGAACAGUAGCCUUAUACGCAAACUGUCGAGCGUAAUCUCUAGUCGUGUCGUACGCUUCCUGCAGGAGCGUGCCAAGAAGCAGCCAGAAGAAUAUGAAGCAUUCUAUCGCGACUAUGGACUGUUUCUAAAGGAGGGCAUUGUCACGUCCACCGAUCCCGCUGAGAAGGAAGAAAUUGCCAAGCUAUUGCGCUUUGAAUCAUCGAAAUCGGAAGCUGGGCGCAUUUCCCUGGAGGACUACUACACAACGGUUAGUGCGGAUCAAAAGGAUAUAUACUAUCUGGCAGCGCCAAAUCGCGUCCUUGCCGAAUCCUCACCCUACUAUGAGAGUCUUAAGAAGCGCAACGAGCUUGUGCUCUUCUGCUAUGAGCCCUACGAUGAAUUGGUGCUGAUGCAGCUGGGAAAGUUCAAGAACAAGAAGCUUGUCUCUGUGGAGAAGGAGAUGCGCAAUCAGUCAAAAGAUCCCGCUGCUCUGGAAGAUUUAGGCGAAGGCAGCUUGAUGCGCUCCGAGCUGGACAGCCUCGUACCCUGGCUGGAGGAUCAGCUUAAGGGUCAGGUGGCCAAAGUGAAGGCUACUUCUCGACUGGACACUCAUCCAUGUGUUAUCACCGUCGAGGAAAUGGCCGCAGCACGACAUUUCAUACGCACCCAAAGCCAUCAGCUGCCAGAGGAGAAUCGUUUCGCCCUAUUGCAGCCGGAGCUGGAAAUCAAUCCAAAACAUCCCAUCAUAAAGAAGCUGCAUUCCUUGCGUACGAGCGAACCGGAGCUGGCCCAGUUGAUCACCAAGCAAUUGUUUGCCAAUGCGAUGGUUGGCGCUGGUCUGGCGGAGGAUCCACGCAUGUUGCUUACAAAUAUGAACACUCUGUUAUCAAAAGCUUUAGAAAAAUACUAACUUUACUCGACAAUACCAAAAUGUUACUAAGCCAAAUCCAAAACAAAUACCAAA